AUGGUCCCAGCGCCUUCGGAGGAUCCGGCACAGGUGGCGGCGCGGAAGGCGGCGGCCAGCGCGGCGGCGGCGGCCUUCGCUAUGGCGGCCGGGCGGGUCGCUGAGACCUCCCGGGACGCUGCAAGGGACGCGGCGACGGCCAAGGCGGCUGCACCGCAGCUCCAGCCGGAUCCCAACGACCGGCGGCCCGUCGGCUUCGAAGAGGGGCAUGGCAGGUCCUGGCACCCGGACCCGCUGAACCCGGCCAUGAAGCCCCCGGUGAAGCUCUGGCUGCCAGAGCCCACCGUGCAGGAGCAGAUGCCGCCUGCCUGCCACGUGUGA